GCUGGAGGAGGUGCCCUUGGAGGUGCUGCGGCAGCGAGAGUCCAAGUGGCUGGAUAUGCUCAACAACUGGGACAAGUGGAUGGCCAAGAAACACAAGAAGAUCCGGCUGCGCUGCCAGAAGGGGAUCCCGCCCUCGCUGCGGGGCCGUGCCUGGCAGUACCUGUCUGGGAGCAAGGUCAAGCUGGAGCAGAACAUGGGCAAGUUUGAUGAACUGGACCUCCUCACAGGAGAUCCGAAGUGGCUGGAUGUGAUCGAGCGGGAUCUCCAUCGGCAGUUCCCUUUCCAUGAGAUGUUUGUCUCACGUGGAGGCCAUGGCAAGCGUUCUGGUGCCUGGUGCAGAUCUGUGAGAAGUACCUCCCUGGCUACUACAGCGAGAAACUGGAAGCCAUCCAGCUGGACGGACAGAUCCUCUUCUCCCUGCUGCACAAGGUCUCACCUGUGGCCUACAAGCACCUGAGCAAGCAGAAGAUCGACCCCAUCCUGUACAUGACGGAGUGGUUCAUGUGCGCCUUCUCCCGCACGCUGCCCUGGAGCUCCGUGCUGCGCGUCUGGGACAUGUUCUUCUGUGAAGGAGUGAAGAUCAUCUUCCGGGUGGGCCUGGUGCUGCUCAAACACACCCUGGGCUCCUCGGACAAGCUCAAAUCCUGCCAGGGCCAGUAUGAGACCAUGGAGAGGCUGAGGGCCCUCAGCCCCAAAAUCAUGCAGGAGGCCUUCCUGGUGCAGGAGGUCAUCGAGCUGCCGGUGACGGAGCGUCAGAUCGAGCGGGAGCACCUGAUCCAGCUGAAGAAGUGGCGGGAGACGCACGGAGAGCUGCAGUGCAAGUCCCCCCCGCGCCUGCACGGCGCCAAGGCCAUCAGCGAGGCGGAGCCCGCGCCGCGCAAGGCGCUGGAGCCCGUGCCCUCCAUCAUCGUUUCCCCCGGGCCCGCCCCCGUGCCCAAGGCCCGCAAGAGCAAGGAGAAGAGCCGGGAAAAGGGCCCGGCCAGUCCUGCCAACGGCCCCGGGGCCGAGGGCAAUGGGGCGCCCGGCACGACCCGGGAGCUGCUGCACCCCCAGGUCUCCCCCCACCACCAGUCCAAGGAGAGCCUGAGCUCCCGGGAGAGCGAGGACACGUACUUGUAGGGCCCGGCCCAACCCCGGGCAGCCGGGCUCAGCGGGGCUGCGCACGGACCCGGGCGCGACGACACCAAGGGGGACCCCUGGCACCCGGCGCUGGGGGCUCUGAGCUGGAGGGAUGGGACAGGGGGGCCGUGAGAACAGCGUGGCCCUCUCGGGGCAUCCGUGGAGCUUGGCCAGGUGUGGUGACCAAAGGGGACACCGUGGGUCUGCGCUGGGUGCCCACCCCGCAGGGUGCUGGCACCACGAGCGGUGGGAGCCCGGGCAGGGGGUGGCUGAGCCACCCGAGCUCCCUCCCCACACUGGGGGGCUGGGCUGCCCCUCGGGCCCCUCUCCCCGUCCCAGAGCCCCUCGACCCAUCACCCCCCGGGUCCCCCCUGUGGCCCCCACCCUGCGCCAGCCGGGCAGCCCCGGCCCCCGAGCACUUAGGCCUGGCACAGGGCACUGGGGGUACACGAGGAGCCCUGGGACCCCUCGCCCCCUCUUAUCUAGUGAGGAUAUAUCAAGCUGUAGCCCUUUAUGUAGUACCCAACUUACCUACUCACUGAGCCUAUUUAUUAUUCCUCCGAGGCAGGACAGGGACCGAGGCAGGAUGCGCUAGAGGCAGCGGGAUUUGAUGCCGAGUUUUGGGGCUAAAGCCCCCCCAUCCCAUCCCCUCCCACCCCCAAGUUCCCCACAGCUCAUGGGGAGUGUUUACCCUGCCAGGGCUCACCCCACCACUGCUGCCCCCCCCGGGCCCCAGCACAGGUGAGACGGGGUGGGUGAGCAGCAGCCAGGUGCUCCCUGGUUGUGGGGUCCCCUCUGCCCCCCUGCCCUCCCGAGGGUGGGUGGUGGGUUUGUAAAAUAAAGCGGGAAAAGCAGUUUUGUACAAAGGGGUCAAUAAAGCGAGUGUGUAAAGGCGCA